GAUGUCUUGUUCCAAAGAGCGAUAUAAAUUGUAUUUAUUAUUAUUGUUUCGUUUUCAGCUUUUGGGUGUCGUCGUUAUGAUAACUAGCUCAUAGCGUUCUUUAUUUACAGUUCAAGAUAUUUGCUAAUGUCAGUAGUGAAUGUUUACACUUGCGUGCUUGUUUAAUAGCUGCAGUACAGCAGCAAAUUUGUUAGUCAAACUAGCUAACAAGGUCGUGUUUGGUUAGUUAAAUGAUAGCUAGCAAUUAGCUAGCUGUUCGAGUUAACUGAUCGUGGUGACAGGAAAAGCUAUCAGAGUAUACCUAGCUAGGUAGUGUGUUUGACCGUUGAAUUUUUUUAAUUUGUUGUCGAUGCUAAAAUUGCCCCUGUAACCAGGAUGACGAGAACACUGAUCUGACAAACGGCGGAGAAGAGAACAUGUGACGCUUUCAUUACUGAGCUAUACCCUAUCCGGACAUCAUGGAGCUUGCACUGGCUAAGGUCCUUUGCCUUCUGGGGGUGUUUGCCCUUAUGUUGGCUGGGAUUCUUGUCCCAGUGCGCCUCAUGAUGCAGGUGGACUAUGAAAAGGCGCAAAUGUACAGGAAGCCUCUUGCACUCUGCAAUUCUUUUGGAGGUGGUGUAUUUCUUGCCACUUGUUUUAAUGCCCUUCUGCCAGCAGUACGAAACAAGGUGGAUGAGGUCCUUAAGCUAGUCCAAAUCAACACAGACUACCCGCUGGCAGAGACCAUAAUGAUGCUGGGCUUCUUCCUCACCGUCUUUGUGGAGCAGACCGUGCUCACUUUCAAGAAGGAGAAGCCUUCUUUUAUCGACCUGGAGACCUUCAAUGCAGGGGGCUCUGAGGCUGGGAGCGACUCUGAAUAUGACACUCCGUUCAUCUCCCCUACCGGAGGCUCCCCGGUAGUCCGCCAGAACCACCAUGGGCACCACCACGGGCACCUCAGCCCAGCCGAGCUGGCCAGAGCUGGGCCUCUCCGGCUGGCCAGCCUGGUCCUGGCGCUCUCCGCCCAUUCUGUGUUUGAGGGCCUGGCCCUCGGUCUCCAGGAGGAUGGGGCCAGGCUGGGAAGCCUUUUCCUUGGGGUGGGCGUCCAUGAGACCCUGGCCGCCGUAGCUCUGGGGGUGAGUGUGGCCAAAGCGGCCAUGCCCAUGAGGGAUGCCGCCAAGCUGGGCGUGACUGUCAGCCUCAUGGUCCCUAUCGGCAUCGGACUAGGCAUGGGCAUUAAUACUGCCCAGAACCUGGCCGGCGGUGUCACCUCCGCUGUGCUCCAAGGCCUGGCUGCCGGGACCUUCCUCUUCGUCACCUUCUUUGAGAUCCUGUCGCGGGAGCUGGAGGACAAACACGACAGACUGCUGAAGGUUUUCUUUCUCGUACUGGGCUACGGGGUGCUGGCAGGACUGAUGUUCAUCAAAUGGUGACGAGCAGGUUGGGCUGUUUUCAGUGCACUGAGAUGAAGUUUGUGUGAGUGUACUGCCGUCGGCAUUGUGCAUUCACCAGCAUUACCAAAGUCAACUCACUGGGUUUGUUUGUUUGUUAAUGUGUACAGUGCUGCGGUAAAGUCAGCUACAUGUUGUUCAACUCGUUAUGUAAUGUUACACUCCGCUGGUAUGAUCGUUUCAUUGAAAUUGCCAUCUCCACACUGUGUCCGACGUGUCACCACAAAUCUCAAUCAUGAUAAUGUUCUUGCGUGCGGCAGGAUGUUGGGGGGGGUUGUUGUUUCUAUCAGUCGGUUGGCUCUCUUCUGAACCAAUGAUUGGUUUUGUAAGGUGGGGCUUUUCAGCUGGAAGGAAAUUUCAGAUGGAUGAUUAUGUGACCGGAGUGGCUCUUUGUUUUAAUGUGGCAGUAACUUGGUAAAGUCAAAUCCAGGUAAUGUUUCCAGUAGGUAGUUUUAGCCAUGAGAUGGUGUUGCUACACAAUAUUUUCUUUGCAAAAACGUAGUUUCGGUGAUGUAGGCUAAUAUUUCCUUUAGGCAUGAAGAAAACUCUAAUUUAAAAAUAUAUACAUAUUUUGUUUUUUGAAGGACAAAUGUUAAUGUAUUAACGCUGGUUAAUAUUAUACAUUUUAAAUUUGAUAACUUUUUUAUGUUACUUUUUAAUGUAAUAAAACCAGUUAUUGUAAUAACUUUCAGUUAAAACUAACCAGAUUCAUCUGACCAGCCAGCUAAUCUUUGAAAAUCAGAUGUACUACAUUAAGGCUGUGCUGAAACAACAUACAUCCCAGUAGUUCUCUAGGAACACGUUUGGUUAAAACAUACAGGAUGACAGCUCACAGGGUUUAGAGACAGGCAACGUUUUUCUGAACAGUUUUACAAACGUUGAGGUAAUGACCAACACCUAUUUUCAAGUUUUACUUUUCUCAACAUUAAGGUACAUAAUACCACAUUAAUAAUUGCAACAUGAAUUCAAUUGCACAUUAUUCUCAGCAUACUCAUACAUGAAGGCAUUCACAAGCGCACACAGAAAUGUACACCAAUGCACAGUUCAAAAAACACCAAAGUAACUGGAUGUUCAUUUAUCGAGGUUUGCCAUUCAAUCACAAAAUACAGACAGUCAGCUGCCGCUAUCCAAUCCCUAACACAACAAACACAAAACAAUACAUGUUCCCAUUAUACAUCAUGCCCUGUUGGGCUAUAUACAUGUGUGUUUUGGCCCCAACAUAAAGGAUAUACAUAAUGCAUUCAUUAAACCGUUAUGGAUGUUGGUGUGUCAUUCAUAUGCCUUUGUCGUAUGUACUCUUAACAAAAUCCCUGAUUUUACUUAACGUACGCGUAAAAAAAGCAAUUACAUUAAUUUAAAAAGGGGUUUUUCUUUUGAGUUUUUUUUUUAGAAAUGUAAUUCCACUGACAUCACUUAAGUUUUAUUACUUAUGUGUUCAGUUAAUUUGGUGUGAGAGGGUAUGUACAUUUCAAUAUUUGUGUAUUUGGUCUUGAUGUGCAUGAGUUGUGUAAUUGACAUUGAGUUAUGGUAUGUGCAUUGAGUUAAAGUUGAGGUAGAUAAUGACAGAUUUUUCUGUUAUUAAAGUAUUGGUUUGAGUUAUUACAUUAUUAUAUGGUUGAAAAGUUACUCAACUUUUAAUUAGUCAUUACAUUAACCAGAUGUAUUACAUGCAAUAAGUAAGUUAUUAUUCUGGAAAGUUGCUACAUCAUUUAGUGUUAUAACAUUAUCUUUUCUUAUCAGACUAUAUUUCAUGUUCUGUUAAAAUAUGAAAUCGCAACUUUUUGUACUCUGACAUCUCAGAUUUACAUUUACAUUCUUUAAAAUUUUUUACUAUUUUUAAAGCAACUUUUCAGCAACAUCGGGUAUGAGUUAAUAGCUGGCUUUAUUAAGUCAUUCACACCUUAACUGUCAGUUAAUCAAGCUUGAUAUUUCUUUUUAUUUGCAUUCCCACUGUAAAAUGUUUACUUAAGCUAUAUGUAACCGUUUUUGCCAUAAGGAUUAAUCCAUGCUCCUCCCAUGUAUAUUGACUUUGCACUUUUGUUUACGUUGCUAGACAGAGGAUCAAAACUGAUGUAGAGAAAUGGAAACAAGAAAUACUAAUGUCAUUCAUAGUAAAUAUGCUGUUGUCUUAUUGUCCUUAUGGCGCACUACUUAUAACCUGAAGGAAAUUAUUAACAGAAAAGGGUUUGGAGUUCUGCAGUGACGUUUGUGGUAGAACGAUAUAAUGAUGAUUCAUAUUUGACAUGCAUAUUUCUUCCUGUCUUGGUCCUACCUGCUGUUUCCAUUGGUCGUACAAUGUUACAUGGUUAUUGUGUGGAGGGGUUAUUUAAUAUUUUAUAUGUAACCUGGGUAGCAUUUUGUAUGGUCUUAAUAGCUAGUUGCUUUGACAUUAUACCCAUGGUUAUCUUAUAAUGGUUUCUCGUUUAUUUUGGUUUUAUGUCAAUAGGGUGUCUCUUUUUAAAUUAAUUUAUAUUAUUUAUAUUUAGUUAUCCAAAAUGAUAAGAAUCUUUGGUGUCUUGUGCAUUUUGUCGUGUCACUUAAUGGAUCUCUGUGACUGAAACAUUCACGCUUAGAGCUUUUGUUGUUCUCAUUAACACGCCUAUAUCAGUCAUUGCUCUGCAUUAGGUUUUCCAUUUGAGUGUUUUUACCCCUGUUCUCAAAAUAAAAGGUUAUUGGAAUUUCCUUUAGGGGUUUUUCACAUUGAAAUUGUUGAGGAACCCAUGAAUGUUCUUCCAAAGAAUACUUUCGAAUGGUUCUUCAAAUAACUCCUUUUUACUGGUUUCUCAAACCAUUUUAAGAACCUUUCGUGGGUAGGGUUUUGAGUGAAUAGGUUCUUUAAAUGGUUAAGGAACAAGUUUAAAUAGUAAUUUUCAAUACCCUUUAAUGUUUUGCCUUGAACUCAAGGAUUCUCCCACAUUUUCAAACUAAAACCAAACUGAAAACCUUUUCUUUUUAGUUAACUGGUUUUACAGGCACUGAAGCCUUAUCCUGGAUUUAAGUCGGGUUCAAUAGCCCAGUGUGUUUUGUUUCUUUAAAAAGUGCAUUUAUCAAGUUCUACCCAUAUUGUCUUCCCUAAAACCUGAAUAAGAUUCAGUAAUGACCUGUAUUUAAACUGUUUGUAGGUCAUGAACCAUGAUUUAAUAAACUAUUUAUAUUAGGUGAAAUGGCAGUUUUUCAAUUAAAACCA